CAAAAACAAUAAUAAUAAAUAAUAAUUAAAAAUAUUGUUGCUUCCUGAAUCCUGGAUUCGUAUCGAAAAAUUUGAAAAUUAUCAUCAUAUUUUAAGUUUUAAAAACAAUUUACAAUGUCUUGGCAAAUUUGUUAACGAUCUUGUUUACCCACAUACCAAACUAAAAUGACUGACGACCUUUCACGUAACGAAGCUGCUCGCCAACGGCAAGAACGUUGGGAGCAUCAUAUGCACGGCCUUUGUAUACUUGACAAUCACUUGAAUGUCGAAAUGGAAAUAGCCUCUCACCGAUCAGCUGUACUCAACCAUCUUGUCGAACAAGCCAACAGGGUUAAGGAUUUGUGGCUUGAAUUCCAACGGAAAUCUGAUAAUGGACAAGUAUUGGAAGAUACUGCUGUACAAAUGGCUAUUGAACAACAUGGUCUACAGAGUCAUAAUUUCCAUCAGCCGCAAUUGCAAAAUAAAACAAUUGUGUCACAACCUCAAUGUAAACCUCCAGAAAUAGACUGCGAUGAUGUUUUCAAUCAAGCUGUAUCUGCAGCAAUAGUCGCAAAUGGAUUAAUUACUACUACAUCUACUCAACCAGAAAAUUAUAACAUGUAAUAAUUUUUAUGUAAAUAAACAUUUAUAUCAUCACCAAGGGACGACAUCUUAGAAAGAAAAAAAUAUUUCUACGUCAUACUUCAUACAACUUUUAGAAAAAUUAGAAAAGUAUUUAUUAACUUAAUAAUAUUAAAUAUUUUAAAUCUGAAUAUGUGAUAGAAACUUACCAUUUUUUUUCUUAACGUUUCAUUUAACUUACUUUUUCAUAAAAUCUCAUAGUAUAUCUUUUUUUUUUUAGGUAUUAUUGUAUUAAUAACUCGUUUAAGUCUUCUUUUGCUUUACCUAAUAUUUUUAUUUUUUAGUAAAAUGAUUUAUUUAAACUAUUCAUUUUCAAACUAUUAUGUAUUUUUUUUAUACUUAGUGUUUACAUUACAACAUUUUAUUAAGUUUUUUUUAUGUUUUAAAAAAUACAUUUUGUUUAAUCUGCAGACGGUGAUAGAAAUAAUAAUAUUUUAUAUAUUUAUAAAACAAAAAUAAAAACUUGUUAUAAACAUAAUAAAUAUAUUAGUCCCUAUUGUGAUUGAUAUGAAUCGAUUAAAGGUUUAUGUUAACUAAAUGUGGUUUAAUCCACAAUUCAAAAUAUAUGUAUACAAAUAUAUUUUGUUUUAUAGAUGUGUUCAAAUUACAAUAAUGACUAUGUGUACAUAAUUCAUACAUAUUAUAUUAUUAUUUUUUACAUACUAUUGUUGUUAUUACUUUAAAAACACAUUAUUAAUUAUCAUAGAUUACUAUUCCAUUUAUAUAUUAAUAAUUCUUCUAAUAAAAAUUUUAAGUAUUUUAGUCUAAAUUUUUAUUUUUAGAAAAAUUAAAUUUUUUUUAUGUUUGCUCUUGUAUUUCAAGUUUUUAUUAAUAUAAUUACUUUUAAAAUAAAUGUUUUUGUAAUUUUUUUUUUACUUAUUAUUGUGUUAUAUGUUUUUGAUAAAUAUAUUUAAUUAUAAUUUUCCCAUUUUUAUUGUGACAAAAGUCAAAGUUGUUGUAUAUUAUUCCUUAUUUCUUAAUCAUAAAUAUUAUUUUAAUCUAUUUAUCCCAAACUACUGUAUACCUGACUUAUUCUAAAAAUAAUUGAACAUUCUUUGUCUCGUAAAAUUAUUAUUUUUAAGUUGUAACAAUUUAGUAAAAAUAAAUGUGUAAUUGAUUAAUGUAUAUUUUAAUGUUAAUUAAUUUAUCAAUAUAACUAUUGUAAACAAUA